AAUGUGUAUGAGAAACAGCAUUCACUUCAUAUCUGCGCUGGUUAUCACUGCGGCAUCUCAGUCAUCUUUUAGUGACGAAGGAGUUCGGUUUGUUUUAACGGAAACGUGAAUUCGAGUUAGUGGCUCUGGUAUGAGCUGUGAGUAAAAAAAUGGAAAAGGCCUCGCCUUAAUUCAGUGGAUAUAUGUUUUCAAUACAACCCUAAAUCAAUGAAUUGCUGUUAAUGGCUUUUAAGUGACAAGUAAAACUGUGCUAACAAAAACAACUGAAAUUUGGCAAACACAGCUGAGGCACUGCAAAUAAAAUUAAUACGCUUUGUGUUAAUUAUUUGUUAACGCGUCUAGAAUGCAAAGGUGGCAGUGACAGCCCAAAAUUCCCAUAAAUCAGCACAUAAUUAAUAUUAAAAGUCAAGUGAAAGGUGUAGCACAGCUCUUUCCAUUCUUAAAAAGGUCCACUGUAGUAUUCGGAUGCUUCGCGUGACCCAUGAACACCUGUACACGAGGAGAAAAAAACACGGAUUACAUACAUACAUAUGUACAUUGCUAUGUACUUGAAAAACUUUCUUCCAUAUGGCAAAUAUUAAAGCGUUAGGCGUUCAACCAGCUGAGUAUUGAUACACAGCACAUUUGCUCAUAUCGUUCAUAUAAACCAAUAAUCAGUUAUGCUGUCGACUGCGAGAGCACUUUUUUGUGAGAAACUAACAUUUUAAUAUCAAACUUUCAGGAGACAUUGCUCAUAUAUACAUUGCAAAGAUGUAUUAUAUGUGCUUGAAAUAAAAAUGGAUUAUAUAAGAGCCCAGUUGGAAGGCAAAAUCUAAAUAUCAAUAUCAAAAACAAACAAGCGACAACAACUGCCAACAGGUGUGCGAACAAAAAUAUCUCCCGAAGAAACAAAAUCACGAAAAUGCUCAGUUUUCAAAGUUUUUUGCAAUUUCAUCGCUUAGAAGAUUCGCUGAUGAGCACAAAAGACUAACGCUGAUCAACAUUCUCAAAACGCACAGAGCCAAAAGCAAUAAAUGACUUCUUAGAAUUUAACCUAUAUGGUGUCAUAAUGGACGACAUAAUUUUUCAGAGCUCUAAUCCGAAUUCCGUAUAUGUGCUCAAUUCUAAUUACCGAUAUUAUGGGAACUUUGCCCGCCUAAAUUUGAUCGAACCGAAUGACGUGAUCAGUAAAAACCAGUCAUAUUGUCAACACGCAGCGCUUACGAGUUCUGGCCAUCGCAGUUGUUCUGCGGCUACUCGGCCAACGCAGCAUAAACUGCGUCAUUUUGGAAAGUUUUGUGACGUUCCGGAAGCAAUCGGAAAUCCUGUAACGACAGCGCCUACCACAACAAUAAAUCCACCCGCACCGACAUGCUUGGCAUCUACGGAUGCAUUUCAAAAAUUCUUCAAUCGCAGUUAUGUAGCAAAUACCGGUGGUUGUGACAGCCUUCAUUCACUGCACACCGAUUGCUAUUGCGGAAGAGCAGCUGGUGCAUGCACAGAUACGAACUCGAUGCAAAAUACUUGCAAAAACAAACCUAAUAACAACAAUAAGAAAAAGAAUAUUAAUUUAAAACCUUCCCUAAUCGCAAAAAAAACGAAAUUCCGAAAAUUCAUUGAGGAAGAAAAAUGGAAGACCGGCGACGAAUGCAUUUUGGAAAACGAAUACCAAAAUAACCACAAUGUUCGUGUUGAAUUUACCGGUUCCAGUACACCUACUGAAUUCCGUACCAACUCAAGUGUGAAGGAAUCAAAUACCGCUGAGUCAACUACACUAACCGCUUCAAUGGCCGCAAUGGCAACUUGUGGGCCAUUGAACAACAUCGUCAAGCAUUACUGGAAUGGAAAAAUGGAGCCAAAUGCAACGGGUAGCGAGAGAAAGAAACAUCAGCAGCAGAACCAAUCGAAUAAUUGGAGCGGAAGCGGUGAUAGCAACAAUCAACAACACCAAGCCCCACAACAACUAGAGGUGUUGAAGUCAACCCACCAACAAAAAACCAAUUACGAGCUUUACAAGGAAGCAUCCGAUCUGCUUGGAUUGCCUUGCACACUUUGUGAUAACUGCCGAUGCCUCGAAUGUCAGAGCAGCUACUUCGAUUGCGAUGAUUCGGACAGCCUCUCUGAAGUGUCUAACUCAGAUGAGUACGAUGAGGACACAACGAACGUGCUUAACAACUCGGUUGAGCUGGUAAUGUAUGCUAAUUGCUACAGUGAUAAUACGAUGACUGGCAAUGGAAUAUCGACAAUACAGCAACGACAACAGCAAAAAUGGUCUAGUUGUUCCCAGGAGCGACGACAGCCCAAUUUCACUUGCCCUGAUGUAAAUUGCAAUGCAAGAGAAUUCGGUGGUGUUGAUCAAGAUAGUUACAACUUGGUUGCCAGAGGCGGCGAUGAAGCUGCCAAUGGCAUUGAGCGAAUAGACAUCGUCAAUCAAAAUGUAUUACACUCAGUACAGAGCAAUGAGCUAGAAAAUUGUUCAAGUUUCAAUGGGCUUAGUUUAAGUGAUGCCAAUACUGAGAUGCCCCUAGACACUGGCAGCGAAAGCCGAGGAUAGAAGCACUUUUGUGGAAACGUUGCAGAGAUAUAAUCAAAUGUGGACUAUAACCCGUUAACAACAAUUUGUCGUUCAAUAGUGUUUUCAGCCCAAAUGUGUUUUAUUAUGUUUUUAUUAAUGUGGUUACCAUAGCGUCAACAUACACUAGAAAAAGUAAUGCAUUAUUAUCAAUUACGUAUAUGUACUAUAAAUAGUGUAGUUGGUAUCAGCUAGUUACUAAAGCGUUUAAAUUUUUUUUUUUCCUAGUAUUGGUAUUAGAAGCCAACACUGACUUAUCGGUUAUAUAAUUUGAUAACAGCUAUACCAUAUAUGUAUGUAUGUAUUAGCAGAAAUAUUGGAUUAACAAUUUGUUGAAUGUAGACUGAUCAAUUUAAAUUGCUUGUAAAAUUUAGAAGAAGGCACGUAAAGUUCUUUGACAGAUAUUUCCUACAAAUUUUAAAAACUGUAUAAAAAUAAAGAAUUUCAUGAAGCACACUUUUUACUUACCACCAAAUUAUUUUCAAUGAUCGUAAAUUUAUCAUGUUUCGUUCAAUACAUUUCUGAAAAUUUCGUAUUGCGAAAAUUCUAUAUAAGGUGCUCGUCGCGUGAGCCCGAAUUCAAGUUGUGAGUGAAAUCAAUAAAAAUCCAUCUAUUUUGAAGCUACUUGCUGGAUCGCUCUCGGUGGCAUCUCAUUUUAAUUUUUUAAACUAGCCGAUUUUUUCUGCGUGUCUAUUAUACUUUGUGAUGUACGUCUAGAUGUUUCAGUUUCAAAUGACAUACGUACAUAUGUAUGGGAACUCACCUCCUACUAAUUGCGCUAUGUCUACAACGUUGUUAGAAAGUCCACGUUCUAGUUUAGCUAUAAAAAGUUAACGCCAAGUUCAUAUUAUUAUUUUUACCUUAAGAAUUAAAUGAUUCAAAUCAAAAAAUCUAUUGGCUCAUCAAAUUUAAAUAUAUAGUACGUAUUAGUAACAAUGUAUAUGCUUAAUAUAUAUGUAUGUAGCUAAAAUAAGUGAAACAAUUUACUCAUAUAAUCAAAAUAAAUUUACUUACAUAUACAUAUUGUCUUUUAUUACAUAAGUACUAUGUACAAAAAUGAAACAUAUUUACUAAACUCAUUUGUGCCAAAUAAAUUAAAAAAAUAUAUAUCGACAUUUCGCCUUAAAAAUUAGAAUUGAAAAUAUUAAAAUUAUGCGAGAGAUGUAUGAAUACUUAUGAAGAAAUAUUUACCUAUGAAAAAUGCACAUUCGACAUUGUGCGCAUUCGUAACGAAGCAUGUAAACAAUGUAUGAGUAUUAUAUACAUACAUACAUAUGUAUAUAUAUGAACUAAGCUUUCAUGUUAAAAUAACCUUUUAAGUUAAUUAAUAUAUACUAUAUAUAAAUAUAUAUAUAAUUAGUAAACUAGUUUGUGCUAAUUUACUUUAUAUUAUAGUGUAAGCAUCCACGGAAAAGUAGUUUCGCUAAGGUUGCCAUAUGCUCAAUAAAUUAUCGAAUAUGUAUUGUGUACAAAGUAAUAGUACUUCGAUAAAAAGUGUUAUUGGACUCAUUUGGUGCGCUGAACACGAAAAUUAACUUCCAUUUUGGUUCCAUACAAGUUUUGUCAAAAAAAUACUUUUAGAGCCUCCUUCAGAAACACACCCAAAAAAAACAAAAUACAGUUGAACUACUCUAACUCGAAUCAUCAUAAUCCGCAUAAAAACUUCGAGUUAGAGAGACUUCGAGUUAUAGCAUCAUUCAUUAAAACGCAAAAUUUUGCAAAAAGCUGUACAAUACAGAUUUAUUCACACUUGGACUUAUUUACUUCACAUAAAGGUUUGCCUAUGCACAAUAAACUUGUAUUCUGUAAUUGUUGGCUGAACAUAUAUUUUUGAUUGUUUGCUUCAGUUCAAAGUGAUUACAAUAUGUUUAGUGCUUUGUAGUGAUCAUCAGUUGUAUUAACAUUCAUGCAUGGAAUGCAUUACAUCUUUUUUGGAGGGCGGUUGUAUAUUAGAAGUCAUAUUCGUUGGAUAUGUAAUAUUCGGUUAUACAGUAUCAUCUGUUAUAAAUCCGGCUAAACAAAUUUCAAUAUAAUCUGUAAUAUUUCAAGGGAUAAAUACACGCGGCGACUUCUAGCAGCCGUUUACUGCAAGCGACUUAGAGAAUCACAGGCCUAUUUAAAUAUUUUAUUUGUGGAAGAAAAUUUUUAUGACAUUUGCCUUAGAAGCAUGUAAACAAUGUAUAAGUGUAAUAUACCUACAUAAAUGAACUACAGUGGUACCUCGACAUACGAGUUUAAUUCGUUCCGCAACCUUGCUCGUAUCUUGAAUUACUCGUAUCUCGAAGCAAAUUUCCCCAUACAAAACAAUUGAACUACCAUUAAUCCGUUCCAACCUCCAAAAUGUCACCCCAGCUAUUUUUGUUACGUGGUUUUGAAUAAUAAAAACGUAUUUAUAAAUAUCAAAUAUUUAUUACACAAAAACAAAAAAGAGAAUGUAAAGAAAUAAAUUAGAUAUCCUCACUGGUCUUUGCCUUUUUUGCUACAUUUUUCUCGCUUUCACCUGUAGGCCGUUUAGAAAAAAACAUGUCCAAGGAGGUUUGUUUCUUCCUCUACUGAAACACCGGGUUCCAAUUCUUCAUAGAUCCUUUCAACUGCACAACUUAUCACAGCGGAAGCACGCUGCUAACUGAUCGUGAUGGCGCGACCGGACUCGUAUCUCGAAAUUCGCUCGUAAUUAAAAGCAAAAAUCACUUGCUCGUCGGCUCGUAUCUCGAAAAACUCGUAUGUUGGGGCACUCGUAUGUCGAGGUACCACUGUAUUACCAUUCAAGAGUUCUAGUUAUGGCUAAAACUUAACUUAUAAAUGCUAUUGCCAAUUUAAGACUUCAAUUUAUGGAGAACUUCAAUUUCAAGAAGAGUUAUGGAAGUUCAACUGUAUAAUAUUCUUUUUUGUUUAUCGAUUACAUAACAUAAGCAAGUUUCAAGCAUUGUAAAAUUAUUAAAAAUGCAGAAGCGAAAGAUCAUUUCUAGAAGUAUGAUUUUCACAAAAGGUAUCCGUUUGUGAUGCACUUCAAUCGCCAAACCUUCAUCUACUGUCGUUUUCUUGUUCAGCAAGCGCAAACAAGGUAUUUAGAAUGUAAAUAAUUUCAAAACUAUUCAAUAAAGUAAAAAGUUCACAAUUA